UGUGCAAUGUCGAAACCGGCGGAACCGCUCAACUUAACCACCGCCGCCCUCCACCGCGCCGCUCUCUCCUCCCUCUCUCUGCCGCCCCCGCCACCCCCUACUUGCCCCCUCACCUCCCCCCCCGCUUCCCUCCCUUACUCCAAACUCAUUCCCCAUUCCCGCUUCAUCGUCGAUGGCUUCAAACACGCCGACCCCAAUUUCUCCCUCUCUUACUUCCUCUCCCACUUCCACUCCGAUCACUACACCGGCCUAUCCCCGCACUGGACCACCGGAAUCAUCUAUUGCUCCUCCACCACCGCCACGCUCCUCCACCAAAUCCUCAACAUUCCCCGCCAAUUGAUUUCCCCCCUUCCUCUCGCCCAAAAAGUACUAAUCGAUGGCUCCGAAGUCUACCUCGUCGACGCCAACCACUGCCCCGGCGCAGUCCAGUUCCUAUUCAAGGUGCCGACCACCUCUGGCGGCGCUGAUUUUAGGUAUGUGCACACUGGUGAUUUUAGGUAUUCUAAGGAAAUGAAGAACGAAAAUGCGAUCUCUGAAUUUAUUGGCGCUGAUGCUGUGUUUCUCGAUACGACCUAUUGUAAUCCGAAAUUUGUAUUUCCGAGUCAGGAGGAGUCGAUUGAGUAUAUUGUUGGGGUAAUUGAGAGGCUUGGAUUUGAGAAUGCGAAGAAUGUGUUGUUUUUGGUUGCUACAUAUGUUAUUGGGAAGGAGAGGAUUUUGUUAGAGAUUUCUCGGAGGUGUAAGAGGAAGAUUCAUGUGAAUGAGAGGAAGAUGGCGAUUUUAAGCGCGUUGGAAUUGGGAGAGACGGGAGUUUUUACGCUGGAUGAGUCCGAGAGCGAUGUUCAUGUCGUUGGUUGGAAUGUGUUGGGCGAGACAUGGCCGUAUUUUCGACCUAACUUCACGAAGAUCGGUGAGAUUAUGAGUGAGAGAGGUUACUCGAAGGUUGUAGGCUUUGUUCCGACUGGGUGGACGUAUGAACUCAAGCGAAAUAAGUUCUCAGUGAGAACUAAGGACUCAUUUGAGAUUCAUCUAGUUCCAUAUAGCGAGCAUUCUAACUAUGACGAGCUUAGAGAGUAUGUGAAGUUUUUGAAGCCAAAGCGUGUUAUCCCCACAGUUGGUGCUGAUGUUGAAAAAAUUGACAGCAAGCAUGCCAAUGCAAUGCAAAAGCAUUUUGCUGGUUUGGUUGAUGAAAUGGCCAUCAAGCAGGAAUUUUUGAUGAGCUUUGCUCGUGGUGGGACGAAGGCAGUGGAUGAAGGGAAGGAUAUACCUUCCAGGUCUGAUGAUGUAAUAAUAGAAGAAAAAGAGGAUGCCCCUUCGUCUGCAUCACAUUGUUGUACUGACAUGGAACAGGAGAGUGACAGGAGAUCUCCGUGUCCUCAACAGGAACAUGAGCAUAUUGAUUCAGAAGAUAUCAGAAAAGAUUGUUUGGAGAAAUCUGCACAGGAUAUGCGGGACUGCCUGCCCAGUUGGGUCACUCUAUCUCAGAUAUUGGACUUACUUAAAAGUUCAGGUGGAAAUGUUGUUGAAGCAGUUUCUAAUUUUUAUGAACAUGAAACGGAAUUUCAUGAACAGGUCCGUCCUGGUGUAUUGGUCUCUUGUGCUUUUGAUGAAGGCCCAGAAACUAAACCAGUUUCGCCCAUUAAAUCUAUUGUCAAGACUGAUCACUCGGAGACUGUUCCUCUGAGUCAGAGUUUUAAAUUACCUAGUCCUAAGAGUAUAAAGAAAACCGCAAAUUCUCCAGGCAAAAGGAAGAGAAACUUUGAUAACAAGGGAACAAAGAAAGCAAGAGUUGGUUUAACCCGGAAUAGUAAUGAUUCAAAACAGUCUACCAUAACCAAAUUCUUUAAAAACAAAUUGCCUGUUGUCUCUGAAGAGACCAAAGUUGACGUUGAAUUUAAUGAUUGUUGCAAUGACAAAAAAAAGUUUCCCGCUGAGGUUACUGAGUUGUACAAAGAUGAGGUGGAUCAGUUUAUUCAGCUUGUGAAUGAUGGUGGUGAAUCAUUAAGAAGCUAUGCAGCAUCACUCCUUGAGAAGACCAAAGGAGACAUCAAUAUGGCUCUGGAUACGUAUUACAAUAACCAUGCUAGCACUGCCAAUGACAGUAAAGAAAAUUUGCUGGGUAAUGAUAAAUUCAAAGAGUCUGAGUGUACACGUAGAAUCUCCUCCAUGGAAGGUCAUGCUGAACAGAGGAACGCUGUUGAAAUCAAGUCUGAUAUAAAGGACAAUCUUUCUGUAGAUUGUGUAUCUCUGCCACUUGAGCGUUAUUCCCCUAUUGAACAUGCAUGCUGGAGGAAAGGACAACCUGCUCCAUACAUUCAUAUAGCCCGCACUUUUGAUUUGGUUAAAGAAGAAAAGGGCAGGAAUAAAGCUAUAUCAAUGAUGUGUAACAUGUUUAGGAGUUUAUUGGCCCUUUCACCAGAGGAUGUUCUUCCUGCUGUGUAUUUGUGUACAAAUAGGAUUGCUCCUGAACAUGAAAAUACGGAACUGAAUAUUGGUGGUGGCAUUGUUGUUUCGGCCCUUGAAGAGGCUUGUGGGACUAACAAAUCAAAAAUAAAGAACCUUUAUGAUAGCCUUGGUGAUCUUGGUGAUGUUGCUCAGCUUUGCCGGCAAACACAAUCACUACUCUCUCCUCCAGCAGCGCUUACAAUCCGGCAAGUGUAUUCUGUCUUACAGAAGAUAAGUGUACAAACAGGUAGUGGCAGUACAAGCCGGAAGAAAAGCCUCAUUGUGAAUCUCAUGUGCUCAUGUAGAGAGAAGGAGAUGAAAUUUCUCGUCAGAACUCUGGUUAGGAACUUAAGAAUUGGAGCUAUGAUGCGAACUAUUCUUCCUGCUUUAGCCCAGGCCAUUGCAAUGCAUUAUAAAGGAACAGCUGAAAACUUGAAGGAAGACAUUCAGCGUCUCUCAGGUGCUGUAGUUGAAGCAUACAACAUAGUUCCGAACUUGGAUUUACUCAUCCCAUCUCUGAUGGAAAAAGGGAUCCAGUUUUCAUCAUCAACCAUAUCAAUGGUGCCAGGCAUACCAAUCAAGCCAAUGCUUGCAAAAAUCACUAAUGGAGUGCUGGAGGUGCUGAAAAUCUUCCAAAACAGAGCAUUCACAUGUGAAUACAAAUAUGAUGGUCAGCGCGCUCAAAUUCAUAGAUCUGCGGACGGUUCUAUACGUGUCUUCUCGAGGAAUGGUGAUGAAACCACAUCAAGAUUCCCAGAUUUAGUUCAGAUAGUCGUCGACUCUUGUGUGCCUGCUACUGGAGCAUUUAUUUUGGAUGCUGAGGUGGUUGCAAUUGAUCGAAAUAAUGAUCGGAGGCUAAUGUCAUUUCAAGAGCUAUCAACCAGGGAGAGAGGGAGUAAGGAUUCCAUGGUUGACGUAGAUAAAAUCAAGGUUGACAUAUGCGUUUUUGUCUUUGACAUUAUGUUUGCAAGUGGAGAGCAGUUAUUGGAUUGGCCCCUGCGUGUAAGACGGAAAUAUUUGAAGGAUUUAUUUGGUGAAGAGAGACCAGGUUAUUUCGAAUAUGCUAAAGAAAUGACUAUCGAACCCCAAGAUGCUUUUUCAAAUAAUGAAGCUACAACAGAUAGGAUGAGUAGUUUCCUAUCGGACGCCAUUCACUCCUCAUGUGAAGGGAUCAUGGUUAAAUCUCUUGAUGUUGAUUCUGGGUACGCUCCAUCAAAGCGUUCCGAUGCCUGGUUGAAGGUAAAAAGAGAUUAUGUCGAAGGGCUAAGUGAUUCCUUGGACUUGGUACCUAUAGGUGCUUGGUAUGGGAAUGGAAGAAAAGCAGGAUGGUUCAGUCCGUUUCUAAUGGCGUGCUACAAUCCCGAUACUGAAGAAUUCCAGAGUGUCUGCCGGGUCAUGUCAGGAUUUUCAGAUGCUUUUUACAAAGAGAUGAAAAACUUCUUCACUGGAGACAGAAUUCUUUCGAAAAAGCCAUCAUACUAUGGAACAGCAGAAGCACCCGACAUGUGGUUUUCUGCGGAACUCGUGUGGCAGAUAAAGGGCGCGGACUUCACGGUUUCACCGGUUCAUCAUGCUGCCAUUGGUUUAGUCCAUCCAUCGCGUGGUAUUUCAGUUAGAUUUCCUAGAUUUAUUCGAUCUGUCACGGACAGAAAGCCUGAAGAUUGCAGCACAGCUUGUGAUAUAGCUGAUAUGUUCAGUUUGCAGACCAGAAAAAUGGAUGUAGGAAUCAAAAAAUGAGGGAGAUGCAGUCGGGUAAGGGUAGGGUUCUUGCUCUUGUAAAAACUUGUACAGUUAUUACGUGUAAGUUUUUGAGACAUAGCUUUACUACAGCUGUGAUCUUUGGUAAACACACUAUCGAUUUUAUUUUGCAAUCAAUCGGUAACUAUGAAACCGAGGGUGAGCAAAAUAACCGAAAACUGAAUAUUUGAUCUGAACCAAAAUGAAAUUUAAAAUUCAGUUAUGUUUUUUCGGUUU